AAUGAAUCAAUUAAGAAAUCAAAGAGGAACAGAAACAGAUGAAGUAUACAUUGAUCCAGAAAGAGGAAUAGCCAUUAAUGCUAGAUAAAUGACAACAGAAUAGCAUUUCAAAUAUUAUAAAUCAUCCUUUAGCACAUUAAGACCUGAUUUGACUGAAUAUGAAUAUGAAGCAUUUGCUAAGAGAUUAAGAGUGGGUAUUAUAUAAAUUUAUGAAUAGGUGAAUCAUUUUUAAAUCAUAUGAGAGUAUUUCUUAAUCAUGAAUCAGGUAGAGUAACUAAUCUCUAUUCUAUUAGUGCAAGAUUUGAUAAAAUGCUUGUAAUUUGUUCUUUUAAUUUUAGAACUAUUAAAAUCAAUAUUUUCAUCUUAGAACACCUUUCAUUCUUGGACAUAGAUCGAAUGCAAAUAGAAAUUGGGCUGAUGCUUCUAAAGUUGUAAAUUAUGUUGAGAAACAAUUACUAAAAAUUACAAAAUAUGGUAAUUUUAUAUAUUAAACUUACAAGGAUUGGAUUAUCCAAAUUAUUAUGCUCCAUAAAAUGAGAAUGAACUUAAAUAAAGAGAAGAUGAAAUUUAUGAGCGCUUUAUUAAAGAAAUGAGAAAACCUCCAGUUGUUGCAGCUUAAUGAA